AUGACUUCAACUGAACAACCAAAUUUAGACAACAUGUCACCAGAAGACAGAAAGGCUUACGAAAAGUAUGGCGGUAGAUUACCAAAGCAAUCAGCUUUAUUGGCAAAGAAAGAUAAGAAAUUCUUUGAUAGCGCAGAUUGGGCAAAGAGCCAACAUGAAGCAAAGGGAACUACAACCCCUUCAGAAACUCCAAUCAAGGAAUAA